UUACGUCCCAGAAGUCGGCUGUACACUUACCCAAGAUGUCAGAAAGCGAAGACUGCACUGCAGAGGCCGGUCCAGAGGCAGCGCCAGCAGCUACAGAGGACUUGGCCGUUGCUGAAGAGAAGAAGAAAAUUGAUAUCCUCCUCAAGGCUGUAGGAGACACACCGAUUAUGAAAACUAAAAAAUGGUCCGUGGAGCGCAGCCGGACUAUCCAGGCUCUUGUGCAGUUUAUCAAGAAGUUCCUUAAACUUGAUGCAACAGAUCAGUUGUUUAUUUAUGUAAACCAGUCCUUUGCGCCCUCACCCGACCAGGAAGUUGGAACCUUAUUUGAGUGUUUUGGCAGCGACGGAAAGCUGGUCCUUCACUACUGCAAAUCACAAGCUUGGGGCUGAUGUGAGGUGAAGAGAUUCGUUUCCUGCUAAUCACCACCCUUAAAGCUUCCUGCCUGCAUCAAGGAGGGAAUUUGUUUAUUUUUUUUUUUGUUCAUGCCAUCCAUGGAGGAGAUGGAUUUUUCUUGUGUCACCGACAUCUGGUGCCAUUUGCUUCCCACCUUUUGCGUGGGGCCUGUCCGUUCUGUUCAUCUCUAUUUGUGCACAUAUCUUUCAUUUAGAUUUUCUUAUCUUUGAAUGUAUUUUUUUUUUUUUUUACUAUUAUGGGAAUUAAUGUGGCAGUAGCUGCUGGUGCCAUACAUUCUCCUGGACCUGUGGAAUAAAUGCAAUCCAAAGCAGCUAGACUGUACUGUACUGUGCUGCAGGCUGCAGCAGAGGGUGCUCUUGCGCUCCUAGAAAAUGCGCUCUGUGACACUUAGAUUCGUGGACUGCAAUGCCAGCAAACUCGAGUUAAAAGUGUUUAAAGUUUUAAAUUUCACAUCUUUCUUUCUAAUUACCAGCUGUGUUUUAAUUUCAUUUAGUGUAUGUUGGGACAUGCUGUCAUAAUGUGCGAUUGUGUGUGGUCUAACAAUGCAAAUAUACACUUCAAUGACUAAAAAUGGAA